GAAAUUUGGCGAAUAUUUCCGCGGAUUACUUAGUCUUAAUUUCAAACAAAAGUUGUUGUUUAUCGAAAGGAAAACCUGAAACUUGGAAAUAUUGAGCUACGAAUCAAACUACGGGCUGAGAGAAACGAAAACGCAGUUGCAUUCGAAUGGGGUCACAAAACAGGAAAAACAGGAAAGGCACACGAUAGCCUGACAUCAAAAUACAACGAUUCUAUUGGUUGAAUAAAGACCUGGGUGUAACCUAAAGUACAAGGCAGAGCCCCAAACCAUCCAGACAGCUACACUGUAUCUACCAACGAUCAAGACGUAGAAGAAAUUACGGAAAACUUAAAAGAACUUAUAUACAGAAAUUAGCUUAAUUAACUGUCCGAACGAAAGCUAACUGAAGAAACGAGCUGAAAUAUUGACAAGAACCAAGCGACAGAUGAUCACGAACGCGGAAGUGAAGUUUACUUCAAAUCACCGACGGCAAAAGGGAUUGAAAAAUCAAGGUAGUCAAGAACGGUUGCAACGUUCUUUGUAACCAAGGAAUUACAAAAUAUUGACAAGAAAUUGCGAAAAGUACCAGAACGAGCACCGCUACAGAGAGAUAAACCUGAUAUGGCAACCAGUUGGCCAUCUUCAAGGAAAGAAAAUCUAAACUUUUUUCGUCUUUCAAAGCUGUUGAUUGAAUGUGGAACACAUGUCUUAAAAGAUAUAUUCGACUCGAUCCAUUCACCAAGCUCUCUUGACAGCACACUACGUGGUACAGCAGUACAUUCUACUCUAAAGGGCCUGAGAACAAAGAGGAUUCUAACCACUCAGCAAUGGGACAGACUCUACCCUGCCAGUACAAGUACACUUGUCACUUCAGCAGAUUUUGACAUCACACUGUUAUUUGUACUGUUGCGUAAUAUAUGUAGCUUAGCACCCCCAGCAACAGGAUGGGACAAGCCUCCUGUUGCUACAGACCUGAGUAAAGAAGCUGAUUUGGCUCGAGUCAAAUAUUAUAGAAAUGAACUUUAUGGCCACAUCACAAAAACAGCUGUUAGUGACAGUGAUUUUGAGAAAUACUGGAGUGAGAUCUCAGAUGCGUUGGUGAGACUGGCUGGAUCUCAUUACAAACCAGAGAUUGAAAGAAUAAAGAUAGAAGCAAUGGACCCUGAAGAGGAAAAGAAUUUUACUGAAGUACUUAAAGAGUGGGAAAAAAUGGAGCAGACAUUACUUGAAAGGAUGGAGGAGAUUCUUACUAAGAGAGUGAAAGGGAAUUCAGCUGCAGAUGCUUCACAGGCCAAAGAAUAUACAGAAAAACUGAAGUCAUCCAUUAUACAACAAACCGAUUUUCUGUUGUCAGAGGAAGAAGACAAGAAAAUUAGAACCGAUGACAUCUUUACAAGUGUGACUAUACAACGUGGUCCAAAACGCUUCAAGGAGUCCCAAGAGGGAGAAUUGGAUGAAAUUCAAGCAAAGAGUACAAAACUCAAGAACUGUUCAGAUAUGUUUCUUUGCCUGGAAAAUGAUGAUCAGAAAUCUGCAGCUUCUUGCACGACCAAUCCUAAAUCUGUCUUGUUGACGGGCAAAGCAGGAAUUGGGAAAUCCCUCUUUUGUCGGAAGCUGGUACGGGAUUGGUCGUAUGGCCGAUUGUUUGAGGAAGGUCAAGAAAAUGCCAAAGUACCUGAUUUUCAGUUUGUGUUCCUGUUGACAUUCCGUCAACUUCUUCUUCUAGAAAAAGAAGAAGAAAGGGUUGACUUACGUGAUAUAUUAAAUCAGUCCUCCCUGCUGAACGAGCACUCGGUGAUAGACGAGCCAUUACUGCAGUACAUGAUUGAAAAUCCUGAGAAGCUGCUCAUCAUUCUCGAUGGUUAUGAUGAGUAUAAACAUCGAGAGAAAAUCACCGGGGACUAUGAGACAGCAUAUUCAAACGACCCUCAUGAAAAAAUACCUGUUCCUGCUCUGAUUGCCAAAAUCAUGAAAGGAAAGAUGUUAAACGGUGCAGUGGUCCUCGUAUCCUCGAGGCCUGGCGAAGCCGAGGAAUUAAAAAAAAAUAUGUUUGAUGUGAGAUGUGACAUUCAAGGAUUUUCUUCACUUCAAGUGCUAGAAUACAUCGAAAAAUAUUUUAAAGCGAACGAAAGCAUGAAGAACAAAGUACUCGAUCACAUCAAAACGAAUGAAAUUCUUUUGAGUUUUGGUCACAUUCCUGUGAUGUGUUUUCUAAUGUGCUUCUGUAUUAAAUGGUACAUGACUGAAUCAAAAACCACAGAAAAACUACCCAUCACAAUAACAGAACUUUAUCAUGAAGUAAUCAAAGUAUUUAUCAAGAAACAUUCCUCUUCUAAAUAUGAAGAAAUGGAAGAAACUAAAGUACAAGAAAUAUUACAUAAACUAGCUGAACUAGCGRUGAAUUUAAUGAUGGAAGAUAAAUAUAUUUUCAACGAAAAAGAUAUGAAAAAAUUCAAUCUUAACGAUGAAGAAAUAACAAACCUGAAAGCGAGUGGAUUACUUGACUGUUGUCCUGGCGUUAAAAAAUCUCCAUUCGAGAAACCACCACUUGAAUUUACGUUCACCCACUUAACGAUUCAAGAAUUUCUCUGUGCUUUUUUGUUUGUAGAGAAAAAACAAAUCCCAGAGAAAAAGAAAGCGAGCGAUGUGACAUUUAUGUUCAUGGCGGGAAUGUUUUCAAGAGAAAGAGAUGGGAAAAUGAUAGAAAAGUUGAUAGAAAAUACCAAACCAGAGGACAAAGACGAUCAUAGGAAUAAACUGCUAACUUUAUCCUGUCUGUACGAGUACAAAGACGAUGGAUUUUCUACCAGAGUCAUAAAUAACCUUAAACAGGUAUACUGUAAUAGGGAUGGGGAGAUUGAAUUUAGAAAAAUAACAGAUAUCGAUUGUCUGUACAUAAGUUAUUUAUUAGAUAUAGUGAAUUUAAUUAACGCAGAACAAACUAAACAACAUCCAGCAUUUACGCAGCCUUUUAUUGUUCAUUCAUUGUGCAUUGAGUGGUCAACUUUAUCAGCAUCAGGGAUCAGAAUGUUGUGUAAUUCUCUUGCUCGUAUUUCUGCUGUUGAUGAGCUGUCGCUGUGGGCUUGUGAACUAGUAGACGAUGAAUGUAUUAAAAUAAUUUGUGAACUGUUGCCUAGUACUAAGAUAACAAACCUAUACCUAAGUAGGGACAAUAUAACAGAUAUUGAUGUUAAACAAAUAUCCGACAUGUUGCCUCGUACUAAUAUAACCCUCAUAGAACUAAGUGAUAACAAGAUAACGGAUGUUGGUGUUAAAAUAAUAUGUGACAUGUUGCCUCGUACUAAUGUAACACAAUUAUACCUACAUAAUAAUAACAUAACAGAUGUUGGUGCUCAGUGUCUAUGUUCAGUAUUAACACGUGAUGAUUGUCGUGUAAAAGAGUUAAAAUUACAGGGUAAUAACAUAUCAAGUGAAUGUGAACUGUCUCUAAGACAACAACUGAUCCCUGGUGUUGAGUUGAUUAUUUAGAUCGAUAAGACUUAAUCGUUUUGCAUUUGUUUGAAGUGUAAUUGUUCUCUCCCUUGCCACGAGGGUUUUUCUCCAAAUUCUCUGGUUUACCUCCCUCCAUAAAAAUCAACAUGUGAGUUGAGAAUGGAGAAUGUAUUGAAUAUAGACGACCCCACAAGCUUCUGACUUCAAAGCCUACCAUGUAUAAAUGAAAAAAAGAUUGAUUGACUGAUUUAUGUAUAAAAUACUGACUCAUUAGCCCAUAAUAAACGUGUAGAAUACUUUAAUAUUUUAUUCAAAAAUAAAGAAAUUCUUGUAGUUUUA